AUGGCGCAACGACUUACGUAUCGAAGGCGCCUGUCAUACAACACACCAUCAAAUAAAACAAAAGUCAAGAAGACUCCAGGAGGAAAACUCGUCUACCACUAUGUGAAGAAACGCGGAAAGUUCCCCAAGUGCGGCGACACCGGAGUCAGACUUCAUGGAAUUACUUCAGCCCGACCACGUGAACUUUCGCGACUUUCGCGCCGCCACAAGACCGUCACACGCGCGUAUGGAGGAGUCCUCUCAGCCAAUGCCCUUAAAGAACGAAUCAUCCGAGCUUUCCUCCUUGAAGAACAGAAGAUCGUUGCCAAAGUAUUGAAAGCGAAGGCAAAG